AUGAAGGUCAUUUGGAGGGAGGGAGAGCUGUGCAGGGAGUGGCUCAAGGCUGAGGGUUGCUUUACACCUAAAGAAGAGGAGGCAACAACUCUCAGUCAAUUCAGGACAUUUUCACUCCUCAACAUAGAGGAAUCGUUCACUACCGACUGGCAGAAGGCUAGAGGUAGGAAUAGUGACUGGAUGUACAUAUCAGUGGUUUUGUUUGCUACAGCCAUGAACCUCAUUAUGAAGUCAGCCGAAAAAACUUCCAGGGGACCGAAAAUGGCAUCAGGAUCUAUUCAACCUCCGACAAGAGCAUUCAGGGACGACAUGACUAUCACAGCCAAGUCGUAUGUAGAAGGUCGAUGGCAGGAUAUAGGUGAAAUCAUUACAUGGGCAAGGAUGAGGUUUAAGCCAGCCAAGUCUAGGAGCAUGAACUUAAGGAAGGGAGUGAUACAGGACAGCGCCAGAUAUCGAGUAUAUGAUCAGCACAUACCCACUGUUAAGGAAAAACCUGUGAAGUGUUUGGGCAAGUGGUACAGGGGUGACAAGGAGAGUAAAGCCGAUACAGAGUCACAAUUAAAGGGCUGGUUGAAACAAGUGGAAAAAUGUGGACUCCCAGGGAAAUUUAAAGCCUGGAUCUAUCAACAUGACAUCCUUCCAAGACUACUUUGGCCACUUUUGAUUUAUAGUGUGCCAUCGUCCGCAGUAGAAGCUAUGGAAAGAACCAUUAAUGGCUUUCUAAGAACAUGGUUUGGAGUGCCAAAAAGUUUCACCAGCCUUGGCUUAUACUUCACAAAAAGUAAGCUACAAUUGCCACUCAAAGCCUUAACAGAAGAAUAUAAGGUUACAAAGACACGCCAGGUCAUCAUGCUCCGAGACAGUGCGGAUGAGAAAGUAAGAAAGGCAGGAGUAAAGAUACUUACUGGAAGGAAACGGAAGGCAGAAAAAGAUGCAGAGUCACGGGUCCGCCACAGUGACAUUGUUGGGGAAGGCUGGGACUAG